AUGUCAAUAACACCGGAAAAUGACGAUUCCUCUGUGCCACAGCGGCAUAUCUUCAACCAAGUGGAUAUGGACGCCUUCGCUGCAUCAGAUCGAAGAAAAGAAAUCAUGAAUUUUGUAGAAACCAUAGGCAAGUCGUGUGCCGAAGGCGCGGCAGCCUAUGAUCCCAAGAACCCUUUGGAGGGAUUGACUCCGAGUAUGGCAAGUCUUCAUGGAUCUUUGGAAACAAUGAUCGAAUGGGUAGACGAGUUUCCACCUGGUGAUGCAAGAGCUGCUCGAUUUGGAAAUCCAGCGUUUCGGGAGUGGCACAAACAGUUGCUCGCAAGAUCUAGUGCCAUAAUCACAUCUUGUCUGUUGGCACGAGGCGAAAAUCUAUCAUUGGAAGGAGCUUGCCAAAGAGGAAAAGAAGCAGCUGCUGGAUCAUUCCCAGCCAGCGAGGACCCUUCGAUAGGACAAUUAUCUUGCUAUCUCCAUGACAGCUUUGGACAACCAAUAAGAUUAGAUUAUGGGACGGGGCACGAGUCUAGCUUUUUGGUCUUCCUUUUGGUGCUGUCGAAAGUCAAAUGUUUCGGGGAGCCUCCUUCGAAAAAAUCUCUUGCGGCCAUUACUCUUUCCAUAUUUCAUCAGUAUUUGAAGGUUACACGAAGGCUGCAAACAGAUUAUCGACUUGAACCAGCAGGUUCGCAUGGUGUUUGGGGCUUAGAUGAUUACCAUUGCUUGCCUUUUUAUUUUGGAGCUUGUCAAUUGCAUGCAUCCAGCCAGGCGUUUGGAGGAGAACUUUCGAGUCCAAAUUGUAUCAACUUUGAACAGACCGUAAGAGAUCAUGGAGAUGUGUUUCUCUACCUAUCUUGCAUUCGAUAUAUUCGCGAACUAAAAAAGGCAGCGCCCUUUUUCGAAGCUUCACCAAUGCUGUACGAUGUUAGUCAAACAAUGCCCAAUUGGGACAAGGUAUCACGAGGCAUGAUUCGAUUGUAUCAGGGGGAAGUGCUCAAUAAGCUACAAGUCGUGCAGCACUUUGUCUUCUCCAAGCUAUUUCCUGCAACAUGGAAAAGCUCACAGGUUCAAAGACCUGCCCCCACUGAGACAUUUCGAGCGGCCACGGCUAUCCCAGCGUCCGGUGCGUCCGGUGCGAUGCCACCUACUCGAGCACCUUGGGCAACCUGA